AUGAGUGUUCGCGAGGAAGAUUCUCCAAAAACAAGCAGUUCUGGUCGUGGGUUAGGUUUUGCGGCUGCAGCUAUCGGAGUUGGCGUUGGCGUUGGGGCUGCCUUGUACUACUUCUUUGGCCAAAAGGAACCUGAGGCUGGUUCUUCGGCGCAGUGGGAAGGUCAGCAAUUCACUAUGGAAUACACUGAUGACUGUAACACCAGCAAUGAUUAUAUUACAACAACAGACACUAGUAUUUGUGAGACUGACCCCGAGGAAUCCCUGAUUUUAUCUGAAAGCGAGGAGUCUGUUGAAUAUGAGAACAUGGAGUAUGAUUCUGAAAGUUCUACACAUGAAUUAGAAACAACUGAUGAUGAAUCGGGAUCAAAUGAGAAUGAAUCAAUUGAUGAGGAAUCAGAUAAUGCUGAAAUGAGUGUUCAAUCUAGUGAUCUAGAGUAUGAUGACCAGGAGGAAAGGUGGAGUAAUCAAAACGCAGAUAGUGAUACACACAACUCUAGUGAUUCAGAAUUAGUAUAUGAAGAAUCUGAGAAUGAUUCCGACUUUGAACAUAUUCAGCAAGAUGACUUUGUUGAUGUACCAUCUGAAGAUUCAUUUAGAUAUUAUAGCCCAUUUCCUCAAAUGUUGGCGAUUAUGGGUUGGCAAUAUCCAAGUGUUAAUAGCCGCAGUGUAGGUCCCCUAAACAAUUCCAGAUCAUCUCUCUCAUCAGCACAGAAGAGAGAAGCGUUUCGUGAGAGAUCAUGGACCCUGGAACAGUGCUCCAUAUGUUUCGAUGUGAUCCUCAAGGAGCAAGAGGUGAUGGCAUUGGCGUGCACGCACAGAUUCCAUACCAAAUGCAUCCUGCCUUGGCUUGAGAAGCAGCAGACAUGCCCGAACUGUCGCAAAAACAUUUAG